AUGUCCACCAGUCUCCAUCAAUACCCGCCAGGGCUCAGUCUUCUCCACACGCCGGACAGCGUCGAUCAGCAACAUCACGUUUUGAUCGCACAACACUCUGGACUUUCACGAACAAACUCCUUGCAGUACGGGAGACUGCAGUUCCAUCAAGGACCGGGUGUUAUUCUGAGUGGCAAUGUCGUGGGUAAGCCUCAUCGCGUACCGUACGCCGACGGACCAUUAGCUGCAGCUCCCCGCACCGACCGAGGCACGAUGCUUCACGAACGAUCAGGCCGUACGUCAGGACCUGUUCGACGCAGAAUCAGCCGAGCGUGCGAUCAAUGUAAUCAAUUGAGGACAAAGUGCGAUGGGCAGAAAUCUUGCUCACACUGUAUAGAAUUCGGGUUGACUUGUGCGUACUUGCGUGAACGUAAGAAACGUGGCAAGGCUUCAAGGAAGGAACUCGCCCAGCAACAAGCUGCUGCGGCAGCACCGUCUGACAAGGUCACACAGACAAGUGAGGAUUCAACGAUCGCAACACCACAGUCACAAGAGACCGCUUCUGAGCGAGCACCAAACGCGAGUCCUACACUGUCUGAGGAUCAGUCAUCUUUUUCCACGUCUUUUGUGCCCAGUCGGUCUGCCAGUCUGGCAACAACCAGAGCCCGGAAACCAAUCCAGGUCUACACAGGCCGCACUAUGAGCUUGGGAGCCAUUGAAUCUAUCGCGGGAGACGUCAUGCGAGCAGCAAAUGACCUACAGCCCCCACAGCCACCUCGAAUACAGACUCACGAAUUGCCCGAUCACGAAUAUACGCCCAUGCAUGGCUUCCAGCAGGGACUCUCAUACCAGUCAUCAAACGCAAUGAUACAACCUAGUUUGAAUCCAACUGUUGCUUCCAACGGCCAAUCCUUGGAGUACUCGGGUCAUCCCUCAAUCACGUUCAUGGCACAAUCUCUUCACGACGAUGCGCCGCCGCAUCUGGAAUUUGUGGCUCACUCGCCCUUGUCUGGAUCACCGACCUGGAUGCUUCCCUCGCCGUCAGCUACGCUGUACUCCGGUGGAACCCACCCGAAGUCUUUGCAGCUCCUUCGAUACCCCGUUCUUGAGCCAGUGGUCCCCUACCUUACAGAUAUUCUGCCUCUUUCACUAGCAUGCGAUCUUUUGGAACUUUAUUUCGAGAGCUCAUCAUCAUUAUAUAUGCAGCCAGUCUCUCCUUACGUCCUUGGCCACGUCUUCAGGAAAAACUCCUUUCUGAGGAGGGAUAAUCCUCGAGUUUGCAGUCCAGCUCUGUUAGCGAGCAUGCUUUGGAUCGGAUGUUUGACCAGCGAAUCACCAUAUCUGGCCUCUUCGCCCUUAGCUAGAAGUCAGAUAUCAGAGAAGCUGAUCAACCUUACCAUCGGACUUCUCAAGCCACUGGUACAUCAGACCCCAGGCACAUACGAUGCAGAGUCUGCAAUGUACAAUACCACCGGUAUAGCUAACGGUGUUACCAUGGGAAGUUAUGGAAUGCCUCCACAAGUCUCGCAAGAGGGUAUUGGUCUCGACAUGCACUUUGGCAACCUAGAUGACGUCGCUACCUAUGUCAAUCUGGGCGUAGUGACUUCGGCAAGCGAGUACAAGGCAGUAUCACUACGUUGGUGGAACGCGGCGUGGUCACUAGCUAGAGAAAUGAGGCUGGGUAAAGAAAUUGUGACGCCGCCGCCCGAACUGUACGACGAGGAGGCUACUGGCAACUUCAAUGAACGCAAUGCCACCCUGGAGACGACAGAAGAGCAACGCGAAGAGUGCAGGCGUAUGUGGUGGCUCUUGUACACCAUGGAUCGUCACCUAGCUUUGUGCUACAAUCGACCACUUUCCUUCACAGACGUAGAGUGUGCAGGUCUUCUGCAGCCCUUUGACGAUCACAUCCCACAUUUCGUCGAAGAGGUCCUGCCUUCGAAUGCACCGGUCACUCCUCCAUUUUCGAAUUUUUCCUACCAUUGAUGACAAUCCUUGGCGAAAUCGUGGACCUCACGCACGCAAGAAACCACCCAAGAUUUGGUGCCAAGACUAACUGGGAUGAAUAUGGAAUGGAGAUCAGUCAGCGGCUGGACGCGUAUGGCCGAUCGCUCCUAGAGAUGCAACAGCGGACUGUCAUGGAGAACAACGCUGACACACACGACCCCGCUCCUCCAGGCACGCCGUCUGUCCGAUCAUCUGGCCCCUCAAGCUCAAAGGCUCAGGAGUCAGUCAUGCACGCUAGGAUUGUAGUGACGUAUGGCACAUAUCUUAUGCAUACAUUCCAUGUCCUCUUGAACGGAAAGUGGGAUCCAAUCUCACUGUUGGAUGACAACGAUCUUUGGAUAUCAUCACAGAGUUUCGUCACAGCAACCGGACACGCAGUUUCCGCAGCUGAGGCACUAAAUGAGAUACUUGAACUUGACCCAGACCUAAGCUUCAUGCCGUUCUUCUUCGGAAUAUACCUUCUGCAGGGCAGUUUCUUGCUCCUGCUAAUCGCGGACAAGCUGCAGGGAGAAGCGAACCCCAACAUUGUGCGCGCAUGUGAAGUGAUAGUGCGUGCGCACGAAGCUUGCAUUGUCACUUUGAACACGGAAUACCAGGUACGUAGUGCUAGCUGCAUGGGACCUAUCUUUUCAAGCUCAACACUGGCGUCACAAGUGCUAACCGGGUGACCGCAGAGAAACUUCCGAAACAUCAUGCUCUCGGCCCUGCAGCAGAUGCGUGGCAGGGGCAUGCAAGCCUCCGUCGAGCGCCGCCGGGAAAUGCUGAGCCUGUACCGGUGGGGCGAUGGGACCGGGCUCGCCCUAUGA